GCGGCGGCGCUGCCGCUGGUGGAAGGGACUGUGACGAGGGGCGCCUCCCGCUCCCUCAGCCGCCGCCGUCGCCGCUGCGCGCGACCCUCGCGCGGAAAAUGCUGCCUCCGCUCUUCGGAGCCCCGCUUGGAUAAUUCCUCCCCAUGUACUUGACCUCGCCGCCGCCGCCGCCGCCGCCGCUCCUUAGGCCGGGUAAAGGAUGCUGCCCUGGCCGGUGGGGGGCUGUGACCAGGGGAUCCGCGCCCGCCCGCUCGCCUCCCGUCCCGGCCCUGGGGACUGCUGCCCCUGUCUCGGCUGCUAGCUCCUUCGGCGAGCGAUGACUUCGAAGCACCAGGCGGACUGGAUCCCUUACAGCGUUUUAGAUGAUGAGAGCAGCAAUCUCCGACAACAAAAGCUUGACAGACAGCGAGCAUUACUUGAGCAGAAGCAGAAGAAGAAACGUCAGGAGCCACUGAUGGUUCAGUCCAAUGUGGACAGCCGGACAAGGGCGCGCAGAAUGAAACAGUCGGAAGAACAAGCGCCAUUGGUUGAAUCUUACCUCAACAGCAACAGCAGCACCAUUUAUAAUGUACAGGAGCCUGAGCAAGAGGACGUAAAGGUGGUAGCAGAGUCACAAGCUCCAAAGUCAACUAAAAAAGCCAAGGCAGCCGCAGGAAGCUGCCAAACUGGCAACAUCAGAAAGGAGAAAAAGGGGAAGCACAAAGGAAUUGAUGGUCCAGCUGCUUUUCAGGAUGAUGUACAGGAAGUAGGGAGCCAAGUUCAAAUACUUACUGUUGGAGAGGCUUGUCAAGAUGAGGAUGAUGGUGAGACAAUAGCUACCAGUCACCAACAAGGGACACAGGACCUUAGGUUGACAAUGCAGAAGAAAGGCAUUUCAAGCAGCAUGAAUUUUGAUGAAGAGGAGGAUGAGGAAGAUGAAGACAGCUCAAGUUCGUCACAGUUGAAUAGUAAUACACGACCAGGUUCUGCAACAAGCAAGAAAUCAAAUAAGGAGUCGGCCUCCGGGCCUAGCCCUUCGACAAACAACCCCGUCAUAGAGGUAGACGACCUGGAGCUGUUUGCUGUGAGACCUGCUCCUCAGGGGGUUACUGUCAAAUGCCGAAUCACAAGGGACAAGAAGGGAAUGGACCGUGGAAUGUACCCUACUUACUACCUCCACCUGGAAAGAGAGGAUGGGAAAAAGGUAUUUUUGUUAGCUGGAAGAAAGCGAAAGAAGAGCAAAACCUCAAAUUACCUCAUCUCCAUUGACCCUACAGACCUGUCACGAGGAGGAGAGAGUUUCAUUGGAAAGCUAAGAUCAAAUCUUAUGGGGACUAAGUUUACAGUUUAUGAUAAUGGAGUAAACCCAAUGAAAACAACGUUGAGCUUGGAGGCAAGUAAUCUGCGCCAGGAGCUAGCUGCUAUUUGCUACGAAACAAAUGUUUUGGGGUUUAAAGGUCCUCGUAAGAUGAGUGUCAUCAUACCAGGAAUGGAUAUGGACCAUGAGAGAGUUUCCAUCAGGCCACGCAACGAGCAUGAAACUCUCCUAGCAAGGUGGCAGAAUAAAAACACAGAAAGUGUCAUUGAGCUGCACAACAAAACUCCAGUCUGGAACGAUGACACCCAGUCUUACGUUUUAAAUUUCCAUGGUCGCGUGACACAGGCCUCAGUGAAAAAUUUUCAGAUUAUUCACGAUAAUGAUCCUGACUAUAUUGUGAUGCAGUUUGGCCGUGUGGCAGAAGAUAUUUUCACUAUGGACUACAACUACCCAAUGUGUGCACUUCAAGCCUUUGCUAUUGCCCUGUCCAGUUUUGACAGCAAGCUGGCUUGUGAGUGAACCAGCUUACACCUGAGCCUCACUACCGCCAGGACCACAUGCCACCGGAAGGAGGAGGAGUAUCUGGUGUCAUCACUGGUUUCAUGUUUUAAUGGGGCAGGUAAAAUUUGCUUUUUUGAAGGACCAGCCCUUUUGCUGGAGAGAAAAAUAUUUUAAAAUUCAGGACUUUCAGGAAAUAUUUUUUUUUCCAUCUAGUCUCUAUUUUUUUCUGGAAGGGGCAUCAGAGAUCUGUAAAUAGAAAUCCUAUCUUAUGUCCUCAGUUAUGUGAUGAAGAUGUGCCAUGGGGUUCUGUAUCAUGGCUUAAAGUGAAAACGCCACUGAGAGUGGUGCUUUUUUUUCUUCUUUCCUAAAUCCAUGACAGCUACCGCAACACAAAUCUGGUUUUAGAUUUAAGAAGUAUUCAGAGGCUGUAAGCAUACCUCAAGAUCGCGUUCAAUUCCUUGAGAGUUUCACAUCACCCACUUUAGAAACAAGACCACGGGAAAGAUGCACUUUAAAACACACACACACACACACACACCCAGAGAUGAAGGUAGCAUUUGGUCUCAAGGCCAAGACCAAACUUAAUUUGUUAUAUUGCUUACGUGGGAGCGGCCUGAUGAAUUUUUAGUCGUGAUGGGAGAUGGGCGAGAGAGAAGCAGGAAGCACAAAUUAAUGUCGCACAAGUCACUUGUAAGCCAAGUUGUCAUUUUAUAGAUGUGUUUUAAUUUAAACCUUACUUUCAAAUGCAAAGUCAUUGUUAUUUUUAAAGGAGAGAAACUGCACUCUUGCAAAAUUGCCAUAUGGAUGCUAGAAAUUGUGUUAUCUCACAAGAGCAAGUCAUAUCUGGGGAACUUCCUGUUGUCAUCGAGAGCACACAUUCACUUUGCAUGUAUGAUGCCUUGGGUUCAAUCUGUGGCACAUUCAGUAAACACAGAGUUGUGACCCUGUGACCCUCCAGAUUUCGCUUGAUUUCACCUCCCAAGCAUGGACAAUGCCUGGGGAUGAGGGGUUUGUAGUCCAGCAAUACCCAGAGGUCUGCAGGUCCCACUUUUCUGAUCUUAAGAUUCUGAAGAGCUGGGCUGGAAGACUUGAAGAGCUGCUGCUCAUCAGCAUUGUCAAUAUUGAGCUGGCUAGAUUCAGGUCAGCUCCAUAUGUUCCUUAUGGCACUCAGUUGCUUGGAUGAAGACCUCUUCAGACAACAGCCUCUGUGGCAGCUGUUUAGAAGAUAAUGCAGUUAUUGCAAAAUGUUAUGAUUACAAAACAUGCCCUGCCCUUUUGAGGACAAAAUCAAGAAUUACCAUAUGCUAAACCUACAGUGACUGAUACUGUCCACAUAUCUGUUUUCAUAGAAAGGACUAUUAAGUUGCACAUUGAUGUGAAAAUACCACCUACUGAGACUGGACCAGUUUGCUGCGCAAGUGUAUGUGAGGUUACAUGCAAAGGGAAUUAGUCGUGGACAUGCAAAUUUAUUUUUAAAGUGUCCCGGUUUUAAAUAUGUACUAUGCUGCCUUUUAAUUACUAGAUCAAAAUGUUUCAGAAGAAUACAGGCUGUUGAAUAGCCUAAUUUCUUGUAUUUUAAGUUCAAAAAAAAGGUACUACAAAUUGAGCUGAAAGGAUGGUUCGCCACUUUGAUCCAGAUUCAGAGGGAGUAUGCACACAGCUUGGGAGAAACGAAGGUGCCAUGGGGGUUGUAGGAAGACACUCUUUCUUGGCCAUAUCAAGAGGAGGCUGGGAAUGUAUGCCAUUGUGUAGUGGGCAACAAAUACUUCAAAAUCUCCCCUCCUAAGUCAAAACACAUUAGCAUUCUAAUAUUGGGUGACAACGAAGCAGUGACCAUGCCCCAAGAUGUGGAGAAACCCUAACAUAAUGACAGUUCACACAGCACAAGGAUUCACCCAACCCAGUGAAUUUCCAUUUUCUGUGGGGCGACAGCCGAUUAUGAGAGUGGUGAAAUACUUUCAUGUGGCAGGGAAUAGGGGCCCAUGCAAUAUGCAAGGAAAGAGAUUUGUGGGAUCCCAGAUUAUGGAUUAGCUAAAAACCCACCGCAAAACGCUGCCAAUGAACUCUACAUAAAAUGUGACAGAAGAGCUUUAUGGCAGAAUCCAAAAGAGCCUUAUUCAACAUUAACUUCUUUAUUUUAAAUAUUUAUAUGCCAGUUUUCACCCUAUUUAGGAUUUCAGGAGCAAUUGUAUCAUGACACAAAUACAAUAAUAAAACAGUUAAAAAUUACAAUAACUUAGAAUGCCUGGGUGAAG